AUGGUCAACUCCUGUGGUUCCGUCUGCUCUGAGCAGGAGACCUGCUGCCAGCCCAGCUGCUGCAGACCCACCUGUUGCAUCUCCAGCUGCUGCCAGCCCCAGUGCUGCCAGCCCACCUGUUGCAGGCCCACCUGCUGCAGACCCAGCUGCUGCAUCUCCAGCUGCUGCAGGCCCACCUGCUGCAGGCCCACCUGCUGCAGACCCACUUGUUGCAGACCCAGCUGCUGUAUCUCCAGCUGCUGCCAGCCCCAGUGCUGCCAGCCUUCUUGCUGCAGACCCACGUGCUGCAGGCCUCAGUGCUGCCAGUCUGUGUGCUGCCAGCCCACCUGCUGCAGACCCAGCUGCUGCAGACCCAGCUGCUGCGUCUCCAGCUGCUGCCGCCCCUCCUGCAGUAGCUCCAGCUGCUGUGGCUCCAGCUGCUGCCGCCCCAGCUGCUGCCCUGGCUGCUGCCUGCGUCCAGUCUGUGGCCAAGUCUCCUGCCACACCAGCUGCUAUCGCCCAACCUGUGUGAUCUCCACCUGUCCCCGCCCCAUGUGCUGUGCCAGGCCUUGCUGCUGCUAA